UAGUUUUCCCUUUUAUUUAGAUGGAAUGAAAGGCAGACAGAACUUUCAAAUCUGAAACUACCAAAACAAUAGUAAUAACAUUUCCGGAGUAGAUUCUAAGUCCCUGCAAUAACCAAGAGGGAAAAAAUGCAAAUAAAGGCUAUCCAAUCUCGGUUUUCAUCCAGGCUUUCUCAUAUUAUCAGCCAAUCAUAUAGCUACGUGGGGAAAAGGUGGCUACCAUGGUUACCACGUAAACAGUUUCCUGUUUCAACAGUAGCUGUUGAGGGAGUCAGGCUUUGUACCUAAUUUGGAUUUUAAAGCAGCAAUCUAGUGGCAUAGACAUUUGCUGAAUCUUAUUUCUCAGAGUGCUGGCAUACUGGCAAUAAGAGCUGCUGCUUAUUUGACAGCUUCAGUGUUCUCUCUGCCAUUGUGUUGGGAGACAAAUAGUAUAUUCAGGACGUGGAAACAACUUGAUCAUGUCGGAAAUGACUAAUAACCAGGAUAGCAAGACCAAGAGCAUCAUUAUCAAUACGAGCCUCACAAAAGAACAAAAUGUAUAUAAGAAGUUACCAUCAGCUUCAUCAUCUGGGAGACGAUUGAGCUUCGCUAGUGCCAUGCAAGGUAGUAAAAUCGGUUCAUUGGGUCGCAGAAGUAUCGUGAUCACUUCAGAACCAAAAAUGGAAAAAGGUGCUUUACCAAGCAGCAAACCUGUUGUUCAGGUUUUUGAUGAUCAGGGAAAAGAUGUGACACCUCGUCCACUUUAUCGUCCAGAAUUGAAUGUCGCACACAGACAAAGCAAAAUUUUAUCAGUACAUGAUUUUGCUGGGGUGACUCAACCUGAUUUCUUGUCUUCUUUAUCAAUGCAACAAACUUCUGUAGCUAGUAUUAGUUUAGCCGGUCCAUUUUCCAGAACGUAUGGGAGUGGCAGUGUUACAAAAUCAAGUGCUUCUACUGAAUCAAUGGCAGAAGAGAUUGUAGAGCCUGGAUUUAGACGAGACACAAUUUCUAGUUUUACAGAUGUCCAGGUUAGAAGAGAGGAGAUGUUAGAACAACUGACAAAGCAAGAUUUAGAAAAGACUGUGGAUAUAUUACUGACUGAGACAGAAACAAUUUGGUUGUUUAACAUGCCAACUGAUAUGAUAUCCUCAGAAGCUGAAGAAGCUGAAGAUGUCAGGAAAAAGAAUAUUGCUUAUAUGGAACUCUGUAAAAACAGACUUGGCAAUGAUCAAUAUGCCAAUAGAAUGAUGCAAACAUUGAAUGGAGCACCAAAGACAAAGGAAGUACAAUGUGACAAAAUUGUAAUGGCUGACAAAGAGAUAAUGGCCACUACCUGGGAUUUAUUUGAUUCUUUUAAUGCUUUGGAAGAAGCAACAGCAGAAACAAUUAGUGGAGCGCUAACUACAGUGGCUGGUAAACCAGCGGCAGCCAAAGAGCGUGACAAAGCUAUCUCCCUUGGUUCUAUGGAAGAAAGCUUUACUUCAAGUUCCAUUAUUGAUCUUGAAAGUGUAAUUCUCUCCCGAAUUCAGGAAGAAACAGAAGACCACUCAGAACUUAUAUUUAAAUCUGACAAAUUUAAUCAGGAUCUAUUUUAUAUGGAAAGAGUCCUAAUAGAGAAUAUUUUCCAGUCAAAACUUGCAGCUUAUCGGCAACUUCCUAUCCUCAUAGAGCCAGAAAAAUCUGAAUAUAGUGAAUCGGAAUUUGAUAAUAUAUCAGUAAAGGAGGAGGAAAAGGAGGAGGAAGAAGCGGCUGAAGAAGAACAGACAUCAAUGAAAUCAUCCUUGCUGUUAGAGUUUGGUGAACGACAAGAAGAACUACCACCACCAUUUAUGGAAGCCUUGUGGUCCUAUGGAUGCAGUUUGACGAAAGGCAACAAUGUGAGCUGUAUGGCUUGGAACAAGUUCAACCCUGAUCUUUUAGCUGUUGGUUAUGGGCAGUUUCGUUUUCAAGAGCAGAAGAAAGGCUUGGCAUGCUGCUGGUCACUGAAAAACCCUAUGUGGCCAGAACGUAUCUACAACUGUGUUCAUGGGGUAACUGCAUUGGAUUUCUCUACAGCCAAUCCAAACCUCCUAGCAGUAGGACUGUUUAAUGGGACAAUAGAAGUUUACAAUGUCCAGUCCCGAAAUCAAACUUCAGUUCUAGAUAACAGCGAAUCCCACGAUAAACAUUUAGGGCCUGUGUGGCAGCUGAGAUGGGUGGAGCAAGACAGGGGAACAAGUGGAGAAGACAAAGGAGAGAUCCUUGUCUCCAUUUCAGCAGAUGGCAGAAUAACUAAAUGGUUUGUUCGGAAAGGACUGAGCUGCACAGACCUAAUGAAGCUAAAGCGAACUACAGCUGAAAAGAAAAAAACAGGAACAGAAAGGAAAAGUGAAGCACUUAUAUCUCGACAGGCUCCAGGACUAUGCUUUGAUUUUCAUCCAAAGGACACUAAUAUCUACAUGGCAGGAACUGAAGAAGGUUAUAUUCAUAAAUGUUCUUGUUCUUAUAACGAGCAGUACCUGGAGACCUACAGAGGACACAAGGGCCCUGUGUAUAAGAUCACAUGGAAUCCUUUCAGCACGGAAGUGUUUCUAAGUUGUUCUGCAGACUGGACUAUCAUGCUGUGGCGCCAGGAUUCAGUUCGCCCAGUUUUAAUCUUUACUUCCACUACCAAUGUUAUUUAUGAUAUCAUGUGGUCUCCAAGUUCUGCCUAUGUGUUUGCAGCAGUGAAUGAAACCAGGGUAGAAAUCUGGGAUCUAAGUGUGAGCACGUUGGAUCCCCUAAUUGUGAAUCCUGCUACUGGCAAUUUGAAAUUCACAACUGUACUUUUUGCUAAAAGUGCAGAUUGCCUUCUGAUUGGGGACAGUGAUGGACUAGUCACUGUUUAUGCACUGAAAAAUAUGACCGUCUCAGACAAAAAAAAGAUGGAUAUGUUGCAUGAUAUGAUCGGCUCUAAUCUAGCCAGUCCAGAGUAGUUUUUUUUUAACUGAAAUAUUUAAUAAAAGUGAAGAUGAUGUAAAACAUGGCAUUUAAUAACUCACCAUAAAAAUGAAAUUAUUAAAUAUGUAUGUGGUUCUGUA